AUGGUUCUUCCCGCACAAAGAACCGUCUGGGACGAAAGAGUAAUCGAGCUCACGAAAAUGGCUCAAGAACAGUGCCUCGACGCUCAUCUCUGGGCUUCCCAUUUAUCUUCCACCUUAAAACCCUUCGUCAAGUUCCCGUCUACAGAGCUCGCAGAGAUACUCGUCUCCUACAUUUGCUGGGAUAACAGUGUCCCUAUCCUCUGGAAGUUUCUUGAAAAAGCUAUGGCUUUAAGCCUCGUCUCUCCUCUCGUUGUUCUUGCUCUGCUCGCUCAAAGAGUUGUUCCAAACCGGGGUUCUCAAUCAGAGGCUUAUAGAAUUUACUUGGAGCUUCUCAAGAGAUAUGUUUUCAGGGUUAAAGAUCAUAUUAAAGGACCUCACUACCACAAUGUGAUGAAUUCAGUAGCCAACAUUCUUGGUCUUCCGGAGUUAUUUCCUAUGGAAACAAGCAAACCUGGUGUACUUGUAGUAGAGUUCGUUUUCAAGAUGGUGUCUCAGCUGCUAGAUGCAUGCUUAAGUGAUGAAGGUUUAAUAAAGCUAAGUCAAGAAAUGGAAAUUGAUGCUCCUGAGAUGUAUAAAGAAAAGACCGGAUCUCACGAGAAGUUACAGACUUUAAACACUAUUAUGGCUAUCGAGAUGAUAGCAGAGUUCCUCAGAAAUAUCGUGAUCUCCAGAUUGCUAUACUUGGUCUCCUCCAACAGGGCUUCAAAUUGGCAUGAAUUUGUUAGGAGAGUGGAGUUGCUUGCAGAAAGCUCAUCAGCCUUAAAAAGUUCUAAGGUUCUGAAUUCUGGGGAACUAUUGGAGUUGGUUUCAGAUAAACGAUUUGGAUACUCUUGUGAUAGCAAAGUGGUUUCAUCAACCAAAUCCAAUGCAAUUGUGGAUUUUGGAUCUCUUGCUUCCUUUGCUGGGUUAUGCCAUGGAGCAAGUCCCUCUUCACUCUGGCUUCCUCUUGAUCUGGUGUUUGAAGAUGCUAUGGAUGGUUAUCAAGUAAACCCAACAAGUGCUAUUGAAAUCAUUACCGGUGUAGCUAAAACACUUAAAGGAGUUAACGGGAGCACUUGGCAUGACACCUUCUUGGGUAUUUGGAUAGCAGCUCUUCGACUUGUUCAAAGGGAAAGGGAUCCUAUUGAAGGACCUAUUCCUAGACUGGACACAAGGCUAUGCAUGUCAUUAUGUAUUGUACCUCUUGUGGUUGCGAACCUUAUCGAAGAAGGAGAGGAUGAAUCUGUCAUGAAAAAGCUACGAGAUGAUCUUAUCACAAGUUUGCAGGUUCUUGGUGAAUUCCCUGGGUUGCUGGCUCCUCCCCAAUGCGUUGUUUCUGCUGCGAACAAGGCUGCCACCAAGGCAAUCAUGUUUUUGUCUGGUGGCGAUGUUGGGAAGUCAUGUUCUGAUGUCAUAAACCAAUUUUUUUUUGCUGGAAACAUGCGCCACCUGAUAGUUGAGGCUUGUGUCGCAAGAAACAUACUGGAUACCUCGGCCUACUCGUGGCCUGGUUAUGUUAAUGGACGAAUCAACCAAAUACCUCAGAGUCUGUCGAGUGCAGUUCCAUGCUGGUCGUCAUUUGUGAAAGGAGCCCCACUAAAUGCUGCAAUGGUGAAAGCAUUGGUUUCAGUUCCUGCUUCAAGCUUAUUAGAGCUGGAGAAACUAUAUGAGGUCGCAGUCAAAGGAUCAGAUGACGAGAAGAUAUCUGCGGCUACAGUGCUUUGUGGGGCAUCUCUCACACGGGGUUGGAACAUUCAGGAACACACUGUUGAAUAUCUUACAAGAUUACUAUCCCCACCCGUUCCAGCAGAUUAUUCCGGGGUUGAAAGUCAUUUAACUGGAUAUGCGUGCAUGCUGAAUGUUGUUACUGUUGGGAUAGGAUCUGUUGACAGCAUUCAGAUUUUCUCUUUGCAUGGCAUGGUUCCGCAACUUGCUUGCUCACUAAUGCCAAUCUGUGAAGUGUUUGGAUCUUACACCCCAAGUGUAUCUUGGACUCAUCCUUCUGGAGAAGAAAUCUCAGCAUAUUCUGUUUUCUCGAAUGCUUUCACCCUUCUUUUAAAGCUUUGGAGAUUCAAUCAUCCUCCAACUGAGCAUGGUGUAGGAGAUGUGCCUACAGUUGGAUCCCAACUCACUCUGGAACUUCUUCUUUUGGUGCGUAACUCUUAUCUUGUUUCCUCGGAGACCCUUAACAGAGACCGAAACAGAAAGAGACUUUCAGAAGUUGCAAGGGCAGCAUCUUGCCAACCCGUGUUUGUUGACUCGUUCCCAAAGCUGAAAAUCUGGUAUAGGGAGCACCAGAGAUGCAUAGCGUCCACGUUAUCAGGACUUACACAUGAAUCUCCUGUCCACCAGACAGUUGAAGCACUUCUCAACAUGGUGUUCAGAAAGGUCAAAGGAAGUCAGACUUUAAAUUCAACAGACACAAGCAGUUCAAUUGGUGCUGCAAGUGAAGAUAGCAUUCCAAAACCUGAGUUUCCUGCUUGGGAUAUCCUCAAAGCUGUUCCAUACGUUGUAGAUGCUGCUUUAACAGCUUGUAAUCAUGGAAGUCUUUGUCCUCGUGACUUAGCAACAGGUCUGAAAGAUUUAACAGACUUUCUCCCGGCAUCAUUAGCAACGAUAGUAAGCUACUUCUCGGCUGAGGUGAGUAGAGGUGUUUGGAAGCCAGUAUUCAUGGACGGCUUGGACUGGCCAAAUCCGGCUGCAAACCUAUCCAACGUUGAGGAAUAUAUACAGAAAAUUCUCGCAACAACAGGCGUUGAUAUCCCUAGCCUUGCUCCAUCAGGAGGGAGUUCUCCGGCAAUGCUUCCUUUACCUCUAGCCGCUUUUGUAACUGUAACUAUUACUUACAAAGUGGACAAAGAUUCAGAGCGUUUUCUCAAUCUGGCUGGCCCUGCACUCGAGUGCUUGGCUGCAGGCUGCCCUUGGCCUUGCAUGCCCAUUGUAGCUUCGUUAUGGACACGAAAGGCAAAACGUUGGUUUGACUUCCUUGCUUUCUCUGCAUCUCGCACCGUCUUUCUUCACAACCCAGACGCUGUGGUUCAGCUCCUCAGAAACUGCUUCAGGGCCACUCUCGGGUUAAAUGCUGCACCCAUGUCAAAUGAUGGUGGUGUUGGAGCUCUUCUUGGCCAUGGAGGGAUCUCCCCUGUAGCACCAGGGAUUCUCUAUCUACGCAUGUAUCGUGCUCUCAGAGCCACAGUCUCUGUAACGGAAGAGAUUUUCUCUCUCCUGAUACAUUCCGUGGAGGAUAUAGCACAGAACAUGCUCUCAAAGGAGAAUCUGAAAAGUGGAUCAAGAUACGGCCAAAGCUCACUAGCAACAGCAAUGACUCAAGUCAAGCUUGCUGCUUCGCUUAGUGCCUCAUUGGUAUGGCUAACCGGCGGCUUAGGUGUGGUCCACCUACUCAUCAAAGAAACCAUCCCUUCCUGGUUUCUAACGGUUGACAAGUCAGACCAAGAACAAGGACCAUCGGAUCUAGUUGCAGAGCUAAGAGGGCAUGCCCUUGCCUACUUUGUGGUCCUAUGUGGAGCAUUCGCUUGGGGCGUGGACUCUAGAUCAGCUGCUUCAAAACGCCGCCAAGGAAUCUUGAGAAGCCACUUGGAGUUCCUCGCCAGUGCCUUGGAUGGGAAAAUAUCAGUGGGAUGCGAGACAGCAACUUGGAGAGCUUAUAUUAUCGGUUUGGUGAGUCUAAUGGUGAGCUGUUUGCCACGUUGGGUGACAGAGAUUGAUACAGAAGUGUUGCAGAGUCUGAGCAACGGACUGAGAAAGUGGGGGAAAGUUGAGUUGGCGAUUUUACUUCUCUCCGUGGGAGGUAUUGAAACAAUGGAUCACGCCACGGAUUUUAUCAUUCAUUUGAGUUCUUAGCUUUUAGGAGUUUUGAUCUCUUCCAUAGUUAUUUUUUUAGUUGAGUUGCUUAAUGGUAGAUGUUUUUGCUUAGCGUUGCUUCUUUCUUGUGCCUUCUUUAGCUAUAGUAUAGUGUGAUGAC